CUAGUAUUUGUAGUUCUAAGUCAUGAAGUUAGCGUUGUUUUUGUUACUCUGUGCCUCCUUUUACCACUCCGCUGUAACUUUAAAAUGUUACACGUGUUCAAUUGGUGAGCAAGAUACUGACAUGACAUGUGUUGAUACACCUGAGAAAACAACUCCAACAAAUUGCAAUAAAAAAUAUUGUACGACAAAACGGCAAGAAUUACUAGAYCCGAAAGGUAAAGUUGUUUCAAUAUAUAGAGGAUGUGAGGACACGCCAGAGCAUAUGAAUGAAAUUGUGGAAGACCAAACUUACAGGUGGUACUUUGUGGCAUGUAAAGAAGACCUUUGCAACGGAGGUAGUGGAAAAGCCUCAGAUAAUGACAAUGGUGGUGGCAGUUUAGGUGAUAAGUCAACAAUUUUAGUACCAGGAACAGGAAAAAAUGGAGGUAUAUCAUUAAAAAUAUCCUUAUUAACCGUAACACUGUUUAUUCUAAACUUAACUUUAUUGUAAACCAAACUUGUAAACAUUAAAAAUAUAGGAAAGAA